CGAGUCACAAGUAUUCGGAAGGCUGAAGGGGGAACAACCCCCGGGGAACAACCAUGCCAGUAAGGGGGUAUGUUGAAGACUAGCAAUGCCACGGAGUAUGCACGGAGUAUUCUCCAACGGCUCUUCUCCUCAAUGGAAUAUUGAAUGGAAAAUACAAGACUUCAUUUUCUAGACUGAUUUCAACUAAGAAGUUGAUAUUUUUCUAUUUUUCCGAGCCAAGCUUCUACCCUGUUUGAUAUAGCAUGACCUUGCUCAGCGCCUGUAACUCGCAUAUAAAUUUAAACCCGGGAAUAAGUUCAUUAUCAUAGGGAGGGUGAGCAAUAGCUAGACGAGCGCCAUGUAAUAUAUAAACGACCAGCGCCGGAAUCCUGAAACAUUCAGUCGUAUAUUUGUCUUGCAGCGUCAGUGAACGUUCAGACAAAGUUCGGCAUCACGUAUCACUUAUUUUUUAUAAAAUUUCAAAGUUCAUACCAUCUGAAACAAGAGAUAUAAGAAAAUGGCGACACAAACUCAACCCCGUCAGAACUACCACCAGGACAGUGAAGCAGGAGUGAACAAGCAAAUCAACUUGGAGUUGUAUGCCAGUUACACUUAUCAGUCGAUGGCUUUUCACUUCGACAGAGAUGAUGUAGCCCUGAAAGGUUUUGCAAAGUUCUUUAGGAAAAACUCGGAGGAAGAACGUGAACAUGCUGAAAAGUUCAUGAAGUUCCAGAACCAGCGUGGUGGUCGCAUUGUUCUUCAGGACAUCAAGGCUCCAGAAAUGGAAUGGGAAUCUCCUUUGAAAGCAAUGCAAGCUGCACUUGCCCUGGAGAAGAGUGUCAACCAGUCCCUGCUAGAGUUGCAUGAGGUGGCAGACAAACACAAGGACUUUCAGUUUGCUGACUGGAUUGAGUCCAACUUCCUUACAGAGCAAGUAGAAGCCAUCAAGGAGAUAUCUGAUCACAUCACCAACUUGAAGCGCAAUGGUCCUGGUCUUGGAGAAUACCUCUAUGACAAACACACCAUGGAUAGCAGCUAGAUUCCCAAUGGAAUGCCAGCAGAAGGAUCAAAGACUCUGAGACAUCUAUAAAUAUAUAUAUAUCUGUAUACAUAUAGACUUCUAUAAUUGUUGCCCAUUAAGUGAACCUUCACUACUUAAAAGCUUAUUGGAAUAGAAUAUUGUCAUCAUUUUUAUUGCAAGAAUGGUUCUUUGUGAUAAGUGGUGAAUGGAUUUAAGAUAUAACAUGCCUUGAAGCACUUGAGUCUCCUUCUGUUGAGAGAAUUUUCUCACCUCACUGUUGAUGAGCUUAUUUUCUUAAUUCUUUAGUUUCAAUAUUGUUGUUUCUAAUCUACAUCACUUUCUAAACCAGACAUCUUAAUUUUGUCUUAAACAUUGGUUAUAGAUAAAAACUAGCUUCACCAUCACAUAUCAGUGUUGUAUAGAAUAAGUUGAAGAUAAUAAACAGC